AUCAUUAUUGGGACAUAAUCAAAUUUCAAUUUCAAAUUCUGAGUCCCGUGGGUGGUAUUAGGGGAUCUGAUUACAAUUUUGGGUUAUGUUGACAGGAGAGGAAAGUGUGUGCUGCCACUUUCAUCUUUCCAAUUGCUUGAACAGUUUAUGGAUGUAUGUCAUCUUAAGGAGAUUUGUUUUAAAGGCAAUCCUUAUACCUGGAAUAAUGGAAGAUCAGGUAGUUCUAAUGUGCAACAACGGCUUGAUAGAGGUUUGGCUGAUGAAGUGUGGUUCUAGUGCUUCCCAUAUGCUCAACUGUUUCAAGAGCUGCGUAUAGGGUCUGAUCAUGGGCCACUUAUUUUAUAUAUGGAUAUAUUUGACAAUCAUUUUAAAUGGGUAGUGUUAGUAUUUGUUAGUGGAGAGGCUUGAACAUCUAAAGGGAUGCAGAUCACCUGCUGCCCAAGGGCAGCGUGGCCACCUAAGCCACAUGGGGGUCUGCAAUGUGAGCCUUAAGCUAAGUGGAGAGAUUCUCAUAGUAAUAAUUUAUGUCCCAUAAGAUUAGUGUGUUACUGCCUUAGUCUGCAAGGUUUGACAUUUAUAACUUCAUAAAUGAAGCGUUGAGUAGCUUUAGUCUAGCAAUACCUUCUGUCAAUAAUCAUUCUUCACAUCUAGUUUAUGCCUCCGUUCACUGGGGCAUUUUUUUUUUCUCGGGUCUGGUAGCAUGCCAUUGGUGUCUCCUUAUCCUUGGUAUAAUACAGAAUGUGCAGGACUGCAGCAAUCAAAUCUCAAUAUCUUAUGCUGGUGUCUACAAAUCCAAGUGCGGUGGGAGGCUGCAGUUGUAAAAGUUCAUUCGUGGUGAAACGGUAGGUCGUUCAAGCAUAUUGCCCAUAUUUCCGGCAAGGAUGGAAAAUCAUCUGAAUCUGGAGUCAAUUCAUUUUUCUACAGGAUAACAAUAAUCUGAAUUCGUACACAUUGAGCAAUCAUGUAAUAUUUUGAAGUUACUUGACUUGUCUUGCCUUAGGAACUCAUAGAUGAUUGAUCGUCCUGGUAUUUUGUAAUUAGCCCGUGUGAUAAUUUAGUUCCGAUGGGGGUCAUGUUGAACGAAGUUGAUUAUGGGACGGUCACCUCAUUGUGGGUCAUCAUAUAAGAGGUUACUGAGCAAUACAGCAUACAAACAACA